AAACAAUUAAUUUCAGCCAGCCAACUCUGCCCCUGUCUCUCUCUCCUCUCUUUCUCUCUCUAACAGUGAUAGAUGUUCUGAUCUAUCUUUCAAUUAUUUACUCUUCCCUCAUACGCACAAAACAGGAGAAGAAAAAUCGUCUCUCUAGAUACAGAUACAGAGAGAUUGAUCGGACGGGGUGAUUUAAUCUGACGGUGGAGAAUGGAAGAGCGAGGGAGGGGAUGCUGUCCGUCGAUGGAUCUGAUGCGUUCGGAGGCGAUGCAACUCGUCCAACUCAUCAUCCCUAUCGAGUCCGCUCACCUCGCCGUUUCUUAUCUCGGUGACCUCGGUCUUAUCCAAUUCAAAGACCUAAAUGCCGAAAAAAGCCCAUUCCAGCGAACAUACGCCAUUCAGAUUAAAAGAUGCGGAGAAAUGGCACGUAAAUUGAGAUUUUUUCGGGACCAAAUGUUAAAGGCAGGGUUGCCACCUCCAGCAAUAUCUGGGACACAGCCCAUUAUCACUUUGGACGACCUCGAGGUCAAACUUGGUGACCUUGAGGCAGAGCUAAUUGAAAUAAAUGCCAACGGCUCAAAGUUGCAGCGCUCCUACAAUGAACUAGCGGAAUACAAGCUUGUUCUACAAAAGGCUGGUGAUUUUUUUCACUCUGCCUUGAGCAGUGCCGAGGAGCUUCAAAGGGAACACAGUCAAAGCGGUGAAGAGUCCUUGGAAACUCCCUUGUUGUCUGAGCAGGGAACUACUACUGAUCCAUCAAAGCAAGUUAAGCUGGGAUUUAUUACAGGACUUGUUCCUAGGGAAAAGUCUAUGGCAUUUGAGAGGAUUUUGUUUCGAGCUACCAGGGGUAAUGUUUUUCUGAAGCAGGCUACAAUCGAUGAGCCAGUCAUUGACCCUGGAACAGGAGACAAGGUUGAAAAGAAUGUAUUCGCCAUCUUCUUUUCUGGAGAACGGGCAAGAGUCAAAAUUCUCAAAAUAUGUGAAGCUUUUGGAGCAAAUCGGUAUUCUUGUAAUGAGGACUUGGGCAAGCAGUCUCAAAUGAUCACUGAGGUCUCUGGGAGACUAUCAGAGCUGAAGACUACAAUAGACGCAGGACUUGUUCACCGUGGAAACCUACUACAAACUAUUGGAGAACAAUUUGAGCAGUGGAAUUUGAUGGUGAGGAAGGAGAAAGCCAUAUAUCAUACUCUGAAUAUGCUCAGCAUUGAUGUCACCAAGAAAUGUUUAGUGGCUGAAGGGUGGAGUCCUGUUUUUGCAGUAAAACAGGUUCAGGAUGCACUACAUCGGGCGACACACGACUCCAAUUCACAAGUCAAUGCUAUUUUUCAAGUCUUGCGAACACGUGAGAUGCCACCAACCUUUUUCCGAACAAACAAAUUCACUACAGCUUUCCAAGAGAUAGUUGAUGCCUAUGGAGUGGCCAAGUAUCAGGAAGCAAAUCCUGGUGUAUUCACUAUCGUUACAUUCCCGUUUCUUUUCGCCGUCAUGUUUGGGGAUUGGGGACAUGGCAUAUGCCUUUUACUUGCGACGUCAUAUUUUAUUAUCAGAGAAAAAAAGCUCUCCAGUCAGAAACUUGGAGACAUCAUGGAAAUGACUUUUGGUGGGCGUUAUGUUAUUAUGUUGAUGGCGCUAUUCUCAAUUUACACUGGGUUGAUUUAUAAUGAAUUUUUCUCCGUGCCAUUUGAAUUAUUCGCUCGUUCAGCAUAUGUAUGUCGUGAUCCAGAAUGCAGGGAUUCUACUACGAUAGGCUUGAUCAUGGCACGAGACACUUACCCGUUUGGAGUCGAUCCUGCGUGGCAUGGUACACGCAGUGAGUUGCCAUUUCUUAAUUCAUUGAAAAUGAAAAUGUCAAUCCUACUUGGAGUUGCCCAGAUGAACCUUGGAAUAGUAUUGAGCUUUUUUAAUGCCCAGUUCUUCAAAAAUAGGAUUAAUACAUGGUUCCAGUUUAUUCCCCAGAUAAUAUUCUUGAACAGUCUGUUUGGCUAUCUUUCUAUCCUUAUCAUCAUUAAAUGGUGCACUGGUUCGAAAGCCGAUUUGUAUCAUGUGAUGAUCUACAUGUUUCUGAGUCCUACCGACGACCUUGGCGAAAAUCAGCUUUUCUCUGGUCAAAAGAUGACUCAGCUUGUGUUAUUACUAUUGGCGUUUGUCUCUGUCCCUUGGAUGCUGCUGCCAAAGCCUUUCCUUCUGAAGAUGCAACACAAUAGGCACCAAGGAGGAGCCUAUGCACCUCUUCAAGACUCGGAAGAGUCUUUGCAAUCAGGAGCAAAUCACGAUUCCCAUGGUCACGAAGAGUUUGAAUUCAGUGAAGUAUUUGUACAUCAGCUCAUUCACACAAUAGAAUUUGUGCUUGGGGCAGUUUCAAACACAGCUUCUUAUCUUCGUUUGUGGGCACUCAGCCUUGCACAUUCGGAGUUAUCAAGUGUGUUCUAUGAGAAAGUUCUUCAACUUGCAUGGGGGUACAACAAUGUAAUUAUCCUUAUUGUUGGAAUCAUCAUCUUCAUCUGUGCAACUGUGGGAGUAUUGCUUGUAAUGGAAACUCUCAGUGCCUUCUUGCAUGCAUUAAGGCUUCACUGGGUGGAGUUCCAGAAUAAGUUUUACGAGGGAGAUGGAUACAAGUUUUAUCCUUUUUCGUUUUCCUUGAUUGAUAUCGAAGAGGAAUGAGAGAGACUCUACCAAGUCACAACUAUAAUUAAUAUAUAUGGUGGGUUGAUUUGCAUGUUCUAUAUUUCAUUAAUAUGGAUGCCAUGCAUAGAGUUUUUUUGCAUUGAGUGCCGUCUCUCCGUGCGUUCGUAUUAUUUGCCAUUGUGAGGAAUAAGCAGGCUUUUUGUUGAGGCUUGCAGUUGCUAAGUUUAUUGCCACAGCGACGACCAAGAACACCGUUUGUGUAAUUUAUUAUUCUAUUUAUUUUAUUUAUGCAGAUUAUCAUUUUCACAACUUUGUAUUUAUAAACAAGAAAAUGUUAAUGGUGUCCGUUUUAUGUUUCUUGUUUUCUAG